AUGAGUGAAGCUGAAGUCUUGAAAGCAAAACCUAUUAAAACAGAGCAAGUAUUAUUAGAAAAUGAAAAAGUGGAAACUACUAUUGUCAUUGAAGAAUCUCAAAAUAAUAAUGAUAAUUUAGAUAAAACUCACGAGACUAAUACUAAAAAUAGAUUACAAAAUGAUACAGUCCCAAAUGUAGUACUAGAAGAUGUUGUAGAAACAGCUAGAAUUGAAGUAGAAAACACAGAGUUACAUAAUGCUCGUAAAAGUCGUAAAAUAACACACUGGAUACAAUACAAUCGAGCAUACAGCCAAGGUCAGGGUCAAGAUCAACCUGAUCGACCACAUCAGAACUUUGGACGUUAUGGACCAUAUGGAGGAAAUUAUGAUGCCGGAACUCCUAUGUACUAUGAACCUCAAAGUCGGAAUCCCUUCAUAAAACUAGUCUUUGCUAUAUUGUUGGUCAUGCUUACUACUACUGGUUGUUACCUUUUUGUUGUUUUGAUAACGGUAAUUUUAAUGGGAAUGAACUAUGUGAUGAUAUGUUCAACGUGUUCGAGAGUACCACCUUGUAAUUUUGUUACUUUAUUCAUAGUGUUCGAUUUCACUGCAUGGUAUCUUUACAUAGUAGCAAUUAUCGUUGUAUUCACUGUUGUGUCUCUGAUGGUCUCGAUAGCGAUGCUUGUCAUGAACGUAAGGUACAAGCCGUUGCAAAUAGUGAUGCUGUUCAUAGCAGCCAUUAUAAACGUGGUGGUGUUGAUCAUGGAAUUGCAAAUGAUCUUAGGUGGUAGAUCGAUAGAGAUGGGAGAAAAUGACUACGCUUUAGGAGCCUAUUUGCUUUAUAAUUCAAUAAUUAACCUGUUUUUGAAUAUAGUGCAGAUCAUGGGACUGAUGGAUGAA